UUUCAGACGAUACUAAGCAGCACUAAGCACAUCGAGAAAAGUUUUCUGUAUAAUAUUGCUCAUCCUUGGUUAAAUACAGGUCUCGGCACUAGUACAGCGAUUAAGUGGCGGGCGCGGCGAAAGAUGUUAACACCUGCGUUCCAUUUUAAUAUAUUAAAUAUGGAGGGCGAGUACAUGACAAAAUCUUUGAAACAUGUCGGAGGGACAGUUGUAGAAGAUUUAUUACCAUUUAUUAGUAAACAUACGCUAAAUGCGAUAUGCGAAACUAUCAUGGGCGUCUCUUUGCAAAAAUUUAGCGAGUUGGAACAAAAGUAUCGAAAUGCGAUUCACGAUAUAACCGAAUUAUUUAUUUACAGAAUAUUUAGGCCUUGGUUGUAUAAUGAUUUAUUAUUCUUAUUGUCACCACAAGGAAGAAAGCAAAAGAAAGUCUUGAAAAUAUUGCAUGGAUUUACGGAAAAAAUCAUCGCGGAAAGAAAACUUUAUCACGAACGCACCAAUGACCGAUACUUAAAUAACUUUGAUAGUAACGAAGAGAUAAAAAAUUUCGACGCUAGCCUGUUGGACCUUUUAAUAGUGGCAUCUCGAGAAAAUUCUCUAACUGAUUUGGAUAUCAGAGAAGAAGUUGACACUUUUAUAUUUGGAGGUCAUGAUACUACAGCGACGGGCAUAAUGUUUGCUUUACUUCUUUUAGCUGAGCAUAAAGAUAUCCAGGAGCGUGUGAGGGCUGAAGUCGAUACUGUGAUGCAAGAGAAUGGAGGAAAACUUGACAUGAAGUCAUUACAAAAUUUAUCAUAUUUAGACAGAUGUUUAAAGGAAGCGUUACGUUUGUAUCCCAGCGCGUCUUGCAUAUUACGUAAGACUGGGGAUGCUGUAAAAUUACAUAAUUAUAAAUCAUAUAUCAUACCCGCUGGAACGACCUUAUGUCUUAAUAUCUACGGAGUUCACAGAGAUCCCAAUUUUUGGCCAAAUCCAGAUGUAUUUGAUCCGGACAGAUUCUUACCCGAAAGGAUAAAGAAUCGUCAUCCUUAUUCUUAUAUACCAUUCAGCGCAGGACCGAGAAAUUGCAUAGGUCAACGUCUCGGUUUGCUGAUGAUGAAAGCUAUGAUAGCUCCUUUGAUACAUAAUUUUUACUUGGAACCUGUUGAGUAUUUAAAAAAUAUUCGAUUGUUGCUUGAUUUAGUAAUACGUCCUGCUCAUCCGGUUCAUAUAAGAUUCAUCCCGAAAAUGCAAACAGCCGUUUAA